CUCGAACGGUGGAAACCGAACACAUUGCUGUUACAACAUUGUUGUGUCGGUUAUCGUCGCGGGAAAAGUAGAAGAAGCUCGCUACCCUUGUUCAACUGAAGUCCUGAAGCCGAACCAGAAUGUCCGAUACAGAGGAAGAUUCGAUCAGCUCUGAUAGUUGGCCCAUCAACGAAGACUGGCUGGUAGAGGUGUUAAAUAAGCACCAUGAGGUUCGUUCCGGAAUUAAGAUUACGGAAUUCAAAGUGCGGCAAGGUUGUCACGAAGGGGUGAAUAACCUAAGCGAUAUCCUAGCCGUUGCAGUGGUCUACGAGUUGCAGAACAGCCAGGUGGAGACUAAAAGUUUGGAUAUCGUGAUAAAACUUCUGCCGCAGGAUCCGUUCAGCAGGUUUUUCGUCACGGAGGCGCAGUUUGACUUGAGAGAAAUUAAAUUCUACACAAGUAUACUUCCUGAUCUCUUAGCUUUUCAAGAGUCGCAAAAUACCAAAGACGAUGGUAUCGGAAUGUUGAUCUCGGUGCCCACGUGCUUCUACACCCAAUACGCACCAGCUGUCAGUCCUUCGCAGGGAAGUCCAGAACCCCCGGAAAGUAUUCUGGUGCUGGAAGACAUGCGGUCGCUGGGUUAUAGAGGUGCUAACUUUACUUCAGGACUCACUGUCAGUCAAACGGAAGCUGCCAUCCGAGCAAUCGUGACAAUCCAUGUGCUUUCGUUGGGCCUCAAAGUUAAGAAAAAGGUCAACAUCAAUGAGAAAUAUCCGUUUCUCUUCCAAACGACCCGAGCAACCGAGAGCUAUCAGCAAUUGGUGGAGCAGGGCAUGCCUCAGUUAACGAAAUUCCUUGAAACCAAGCCAAAUUACGUAAACGAACUGAAGGCGCUUAAUAAAAUCCGUCCCAAGACAAAAGAACUGAUCGAAUCACUUUUGCAGCCAAUCGAACCGAUGGGAUUGAUUACCCAUACGGACUUUUGGUGUAACAAUUUGCUGUUCCGUUCGGAAAACGAUGGUACCGAUAGCUGCAUCAUAUUGGAUUGGCAGAUGGUGACCUACAGUCGCCCGACGAAUGAUCUGGCACUGCUGCUGAUAUCCUCCAUCCCAUCCAACAUUCGGCGGCAGCACAGCGCUCGUUUGUUAAAUUUGUACUACAAUCUGCUGAGAGAAAAUUGUUUAAAGUUGGAUAUUGACAUAGAGGUUGAUCUGGACUAUAGUCGAAACAAGAUGGAGCUAGAGUAUCGACAAUCCGAACUUUUGGCGCUUCUGCUUUGUAUUGGGUCCAUCGACAUAGCUAUCGGAAAUCCACUAGCCGAGCAACGGCUGCUGGAUGUGCUACAAGAUUUAAAUGAGGGAGGCGUGCUUAGCAUGAAUGACUGUAUUUAA